AUGGACGACUAUCCAGCCUGCAGCCUGGACCACAACAUUCCACAUAUCGUCCUGCUAGGCCUCUCGAGUGAAUCCUCGCCCUCUCCGCUACCAUCCGAUCUCAAAGACCAAGCCGUUCUGAUUCGAUCCGGCGUCUCCCAUCUCGAGACAAAACAUGGCGCUGCCCUCCUCGAUUACAUUCUCAGUAGAGAUGCCUCACAUUUGCCGUGGAAUGGGAAACAUGCCAGCUACAGGUUUCGGGUCAGGUCUGCCGGGAAUUCGAUACUACUGCCUCCACGCAAGGCCAGGUUACCAGAUGGGAUCGUUGAUACGCAGCCUCCCGGGGUGUUGCAUUCUCCAUUCUCACCUCUGAGCCCUGCUUGUCCCCUUUAUCCCGAUGGAAUACUCGAUUCUAGCUGGCUGCUAAAGCAGCAGGAGCUCGUUCCGAGCGUUCUGUUGUGUUUUUACAACCUCACAGCUGACCCGACUCUGGCAACUUUGCACGACAACCAGAUCAAGUCGGACAUCAGCUCGAUUCGCAAUGGAAUCUCACAACAAGGGUACAAGUUGCGGGUGGUGGCCGUCAUUUUGAGCGAUCUGCGGACGUCGUCGUUGGAUGGGACACAGGAGCGGCUAGACAACAUAAGAAAGGGUUGCCAACUCGACAACAAAACCUUCUUCUACAUGCCAUCGGCGUAUUCCCCAGAGGAGGCGCGUAAACAGGCAGACGCCAUGCUUACCGUUGUUUUUGGACAUGCCGUGGAGUAUUACCGUGAUCUAGGGAGGCGUGCACGGAAAAAGAAAAGCCGCGGCGUCGUGCCUCGACCAACGGUGCCUCCAACCACUGGCACUUCGCAGACUACUUCCCUUCCAGGCUGGAACGUGAGGUACGAUUUCAAAUCGGCUGUUUUUGCAGAGUUCCGCCAGGAAAUGGACCAGGCGCUGCGCUCUUUUGAGCAGGCUUACGAGACGCUGACCGGGCCAGAGGUCAUGGAGAUGAUACCAAGUUGGACCGCCAGAUGGAAUGAGGCACGGCAAAUUGCGGAUAUCAUUGCGUUUCGCUGCCUGAGAUGUAUGCUGUGGAACGGUCAGACGACGGCGGCUGUACGGAGGUGGCAGACUCACCGCAGUCGAAUUGGCGAUCUGGUGAACCGCAGAGGCCGCGGCACAGAAAACUACGGGUGGUCGGCCUGGGAAGCUCGAUGGGCGACCAUGAUGGCACAGUUGAUUGACAAGGUGAAAUUUCCUGAAUUAUCCUCGUCGUCACCGCUGGUAUAUCUACAGCCUGAGAAGACUGCCAUGGGGGAGCGUCUCCAGCCUUGGGAAUUGCUUCAUCACCCAGGAUAUUGGCACAGAGAGGCCUCACGCCACAUGCGCCGAAGACGGGCACAUGCCUUGGCCAUCCCGGAGGAGGACAGAAAAGUCCUGGACCCAGCUUCCAGAAGGAAAACUACAGCCGGUGCCUUUUCUCACGACACCUACAUGUGUCCGGAACCAUCAGAAGAGUAUCCUUUGGAACCAAAGAAUGGCGGUGUUAACCACACCAAGCUUAUUGUGCAGUGUCUGGACGCAGCAAAGGAAGAAUUUGGAAAGCGAGGGCAGGCAAGGUUAUAUGCAGAACUGUCACUGGAGAUGACAAGAGAACUUAUCUCUGUACAGCAGUGGAAAGCCGCUCUGCGCCUUCUGAAACCAAUAUGGUCCGAGAUGUUGUUCAGAAAAGACGGCUGGGUUGAUAUCAGCGAGGAGCUGGCGUGGCUGGUUCGUGCGGCCGCUCAGAAACAAGAAGAUGCCGAACUGCUCAUCUCAGUUGACUGGGAGCUACUCAACCGCAAGUAUACGCCACGAAAGAACUGGCAUUACGAUCUUUCCAAAUCGUUGGAGGGUCUCUCUCUAGAUGAGAAGCCGUCAGUUGUGAUUUCUGACGACUCAAGCCUACCACUGCUCGCAACCUCGUUCAUAUUUCGCAACGAAGAAGGCAACGCUGGCCGCGCAUGCCUAGCUCAGCUUUCGAUAAAGUCCAACGCGGCUUCAAUGUCUGCGCCCUUCGUUUUGAGCAGCCUACAGAUCGUCUUUGAUGGUAGCAUCAAGACGGUGCAGCUUAAGCACGACGCAGGCCAAGAAACAAAGACGCAGAAUGGCAACGUAAAGAUAGCAACGGUGACUCUCCGCGAAGAGACCAUGCAGUCGAGCGACCCGGAAACUGGAGCCUCGGCCAAUAUUUCCUUGCUGGUCGGCAACUGUGACCUCACUCUACUUCCAGGGCACACCAUGGUAUAUGAAAUGGGUGUGAUCCUGCGAGAACCUGGCGAAGCCAAGGCUGCUUCCACUACCUUGUCCUUGUCGACCGAGACGUUCGGCCUUGACUGUAUAGUUCGGCAUAGAGACUCUGGUGUUGCUGGCUUAUGGUAUUCUCAGGACGGGAAGCCAAGAAAAAUUCACCGAGUGAAUUCUCACAUGGUUCGCAUUCUGCCGCGCCCACCAAACGUCGAGAUCAAGCUGAACAAUAUCAUGGACCAGUAUUACACAAAUGAGGCAAUAGAGUUGGAGUUCGAGAUUAUCAAUGCCGAGGAUGCCGACGCACAGCUCGACGUUGGAGUUGUCAUUGCCGGACAGGAGCCACCGGCUUUUAGGGUCACAGCAGGCGACGAUAUUGAUGUCUCUGCUGCGGACAUCAAUGCCGCAGACGAGUCACGACAAACGACGGCUCCUCUAGGUCUUGUCCCAACCACUGGCAUUGUCAAAGGCGUUAUCCAUAUUGAUCCUAUGGACUUUUCCACGACCUACGAGCUGGUUAUUUCAGCUUCGUAUAGUCUGGUCACCGAUCCGGAUACUCCAGUGGUACAGACCAUGGACUUCAGACUCGAACUUGUCAACCCUUUCGAAGCCAACUAUGAUUUGUUGCCUCGCCUCCACCCAGACCCCUGGCCAAGCAUUUUCGAUCACGAGGGCGUCCAAGCCUUGUUUGUCGACGAUGACACUUACCGUGCUCAACCUCGCGGCUUAUGUCAAACGUGGUGCCUGGUCACUCGCUACGCAUCUUUUGCGGCCGAGGACCUGAGAGUGGUGGGUGUGGCCGUCUCGAUAUCGCGUGGUCCGGAUGUUCAUACUCGUAUCUCUGAAGCCAACGAGUUUCCCAGUGAAGGGCUGCUGGUCAAACCCAAGACCAUCGAAGAGGCCAAGUUUGACAUUACGGCGCAACGGUACAGCCUUGAUGAGCGGGACCCACUGAGCCUAGAUGUUAGCUUCAUGAUUAGCUGGCGGCGUCCAUCUGACUCGGAUGAUCGCGUAAAUACGACUAAGCUCCCGGUCCCGCGAUUGGGCAUCUUUGGAGCCGAACCUCGCGUCCUCGCAACCGUGGCAUACCCGACGAUGGAGAGCACGGGCGACGUGGUGCAGCUCGACAUUGUGAUUGAAAACGCGUCGAAUCACUUCCUGACGUUUGGCCUCAACAUGGAGCCAAGUGAGCAGUUUGCCUUUUCAGGCCCCAAGCUGGUUACGAUGCACCUGUUGCCCGUCUCGAGGCGCAAGGUGACUUGGCGGCUGCUGCCACUAGUCCGUGGCGUCUGGGUAAGGCCCAACCUCACGGUCAGGGACAAGUACUUCCAGAAGCUGCUGAGGGUCAUUCCUACCGCUGGGAUGAAGCUUGACAAGGAGGGAUUUUCGAUCUGGAUCCCACCUUUGGUGGGACAGGAGGAGCAAAAAGCAGAGGUUGCAGGGGGUGGGAGCGAAGAAGGCUGA